AUGUUGUUGCGAUAUCGGGGCGUCAAUGCUACUGACGAACAACAGGAACGCCGUAAUGAAGCUAUCGGUCGACGAAUAUUUCCAUCAACAUCUGGGCCUUCCACAUCAAAUAAUGAUGAGUCAAAUCUCCCAUCGGCGGAACGUUUGAAGGUUUCAAUUCGACGAAAUCGUGAUCGCCAAAUCAGCGACAAGUUUGAUUUCGGGCCGACUCCAAAGAAGUCGUCAUUGAGUCUUGGUAUCGUUCGAAAAACCGUCAAAAGGGAAGCAGAGGAGGAUGAAUACGAAAAUACAGUUGUCACGAAUGGUUGCGCUACAGUUAAUGUG